AUGUCUGGCUUUGGGGGCUUUGGUCAGAACAACAACAAGCCGGGCGGAUUCUCGUUUGGCGGAGCCAACACCAACACGGGUGGCGCAGGCGCCUCGCCCUUUGGCGGCGGCGCCAACGCGGCAGCACCAUCAGGCGGGCUCUUCGGUAGUGGUAACGCGGCUGCACCGGCGGCGGGAUCAUUGUUCGGCGGCGGCUCGAACACUGCCGCGCCUGCCGCUGCACCUGCGAGCGGUGGCCUAUUUGGCGGCGGCAACACUAACACUGCGGCACCAGCAAGCGGCUUCGGCGGAGGUGCCAAGCCCUCUAGCCCCUUCUCCUUCGGCGGCACGGCCUCCAACCCUCCCGGCCCGGCUCCCCCAGCCGCGGCUGCCCCGUCAGCACCCGCCAGUGGCGGCCUGUUCAGUGGCGGCUUCGGCAAGCCUGCCGGCAGUGGGGCGAACACCCCCAAGCCUCUCUUCGGCGCCACCGCGGCAGGCUCUACUACACCCGCAUCCACGCCCCCAACUGGAGGACUGUUCGGCGGCGGUGCCAAACCCGCAGGAGCUGGCCUGUUCGGCGCACCUUCUGCUGGAACCACCCCGCCUGUUACUGCUGCUGCAGCCGCGCCCGCUGGAGGGAUGUUCAGCGGCUUCGGCCAGCCCGCGGCGAGCACUACUCCUCCAGCCACCGCCGCGGCUCCGCCAGCCGCUGGAGGGUCGUUAUUUGGAGGAUUCGGGAAGCCGUCGUCCGCCCCGGCUAGCGGGACUGCUACGCCUGCGGCCGGCGGCCUGUUUGGCGGCGGCGCUAGCACCACGCCUGCUGCGGCCCCCGCGCCGGGGAUGUUUGGUUCCAAGCCCGAGGAGAAGAAGGAGGCCGCACCCCCAGCUGCUCCGGCUGCUGCGUCGCUGUUUGGCAGCUUCGGAGGCAAGCCCGCCACUCCCGCUGUCGGGAGCGGGACCACCACCCCCGCUGCCGCCCCCGCUCCGGGUAGUCUCUUCGGAAACCCCGCCGCCCCCGCGUCUGGCGCUGCCACGCCCAGCUUGUUCGGAUCGAAGCCGGAAGAGAAGAAGGACGGCGCUGCGCCUGCCGCGCCCGCUGCCCCGGCCGGCGGUUCGCUCUUCAGCUUCGGCAACAAGGCUGCCACGCCUGCGGCUGGCGCGGCUCCUGCUGGUCCCACGGCUCCCGCGGCUCCCGCGGCUGGCGGUGGCCUGUUUGCGAACUUGGGCAAGACCGCGGAUGCGGGCAAGGCGCCUGAGGCUCCCAAAGCUCCCGCAGCUGGCGGUGGUCUCUUCGCGAGCUUUGGCAACAAGCCUGAGGAGAAGAAGGAAGAGGCCAAAGCGCCUGCUGCCCCGGCGGCUGCUGGCCUGUUCGGCGCACCCAAGUCCGCCGAGGCUUCGUCCUCGUCGGCUCCAGCUGCAGGCCUGUUCGGGUCCAAGCCGGGCACCGCCCCCGCCACUGGCGCCGCGACACCGGCCGUCACCGCCAGCAUGGCUGGAACUCCGGGUGGGGCUGGCACGCCGGCGGUCAAGCCCGGUUCUCCAGUUGGGGUGACCGAGCCAGCGCCCAACCUUCUCCGCGGCAAGACGCUCGACGACAUUGUGGACGGAUGGAGCAAGGACCUUGAGUCGCAGGUCAAGGAGUUUGAGAAGCAGGCAGGCGAGGUGAGAGAGUGGGACAAGGUACUUGUGCGGAACGGCAACCAGAUUGCGGUGCUCCACCAACAAGUGGUCGAGGCGCAGAACAACCAGUCCACGCUCGACAAGAACCUCGACUACAUUGAGAACCAGCAGAAGCAGCUGGACGCAAUGCUGAGCCACUACGAGCGCGAGAUUUCGUCACUUGGCGACAAGGACAGCACGCCGCUCGUCCCCAAGAUGCCUGCAGACCGGGAGCGUGAGAAGGCUUACGGGCUCGCUGAGGACCUGAACAAGCAGCUCGAUGACAUUAGCCGCAACCUCUCGGCCAUGAUCGACGAGGUCAACAAGCUCUCUACAUCUGGGGCUGGCGCUGCUGCCGCCCCUCCCACCGCGCCAAACGCCGCGGAUGCCGCGAGCCAGCAGAGCGACGACCCGAUCAACCAGCUCAGUGCCAUUCUUGGUGCCCAACUCCGCGCAAUCCACAGCAUUGACACCAACGCGACCAAGCUGGGUUCCAAGGUCGACGAGCUCGAGGGUCGCAUGAGCAUGGGCGCACCUCGGAGGUAG